AUGCCGGGGACAGUGGCAGACGGACCUACGGUCUCCAUGUCUUUUGCCAACAAUUUUUGGGGCAAAGAUGAUGCAGGACUUCAACCAAUGUUGGACCGUGUGCAUGGUUCAAAGAUCACCAACGACGAAUUGAAGGUUUUCUACAGCAUUCGAGCCUCUAUCGAAGAUGAAUACGCGCGCAAACUCCAGGCUCUGUGUCGCAAGAGCCUGGGAUCAUGUGAGGCAGGUUCGCUCCGAGCCUCACUCGACGUGGUUCGCGGUGAGACUGAAGCGAUCGCUAAGGCACAUUCAGCGAUAGCGGGACAAAUGAAGACCGAAUUGGAGGAACCACUUGCUGCGUUUGCGAGUGGUAUUAAGGAGCGACGAAAGAUCAUUCAACAGUGCAUUGAGCGCUUACACAAGACCAAAAUGCAACAGACACAGCUUGUCAACAAGACGCGUGAUCGUUACGAGCAGGACUGUCUCCGCAUCAAAGGAUACCUCGCGCAGGGCCACAUGGUCAUGGGCCAGGAAGAGCGCAAGAAUAAGGCCAAGCUGGAGAAGACCCAGAUCCAGCUGGCAUCAAAUAGCCAGGAAUACGAAGCGGCCGUCAAACAACUCGAGGAGACAACCGGACGCUGGAAUAAGGAAUGGAAGUCAGCAUGUGACAAAUUUCAAGAUUUGGAAGAGGAGCGUCUGGACUUCACAAAGAGCAGUUUGUGGACCUACGCGAACAUUGCUUCAACUGUUUGUGUUAGCGACGAUGCCUCAUGCGAAAAGGUCCGUCUCUCUCUGGAGAACUGCGAAGUGGAGAAGGAUAUUAUUGCCUUUAUCAAGGACCGAGGAACUGGCCAGGAGAUCCCGGACCCCCCCCGAUUCAUCAACUUUUGCAAGGAUGAGGACUCAAGCUCUGAGAUAGAUGAAGCCGAAGGCUACUCGGUAGCCCAGUUCCAGCGCACCAUGAAUCCUGCAUUCCGAACAUCUUCUCCGCAACCCUCAACAUUCGACUCACACCAUGACCCACAGUCGGAGCUCGCGGCUCAGAUGGGACAUCCUGCUCCUGCAGUUAACAAUGCACCGCCGCCUCAGAAACAGCAACCGCCACCAUCACAGCAGCAGCAGCCAUUCAUGCAACCUCAGCCUCUCAUGCAACAGCAGCCUCUCAUGCAACAACAACAACAACAACAACAACAACAACCUCCACCCUUGCAGCAGCAGCCAUUUAUGCAGCAGCAGCCUGUCCUGCAACAGCAACCGCCACCAUUACAGCAGCAGCCAUUUAUGCAACAGCAACCACCACUACAGCCACAACCUCAGCAACCUGCGCCUCUAGACUUCCGCCGUGGCGGUGCGCCGCCUCCGAACUAUGACCCCGAGCAGCAUGGAGAGAUUGGUGCUGUUCCCCACAACGCAUAUCCCACAGAUGGUAUGACCAUGUUCUGUCGUGCCGGACCACCCUCAGAGCGAAGCUCGGCGACCAGCGCGUAUCGCCCAUCUAGCCGUGACUCUCAGAGCGAAGUCUCGAACCCAACCUCUAUUUCUAGUGUUGAGGAAACACCUACAAAGAAAUCUGUCGUAAAGCCAACCACCGGUGCGCCAAUGCCAAUUUCUGGAGAUGACAAAUCACCGAAAAAGAAGAGCGCUUUCUUUAGCAACAGCCCCUUCCGUCGCAAGAGUCGUCAUGAUAAAGAAAGGCCUAUCAUUUCUACACAACAGGUCACCUCUCCACAGGCGGUUGUUUCGUCCCAGCCCGUGUCUCGUGGUGGUUGGGACUCGCCGACAAAGCAGAUCAGUCCGACGAAGCAAAUGAGCCCUCCUAAGCAAGUGAGCCCACCCAAACAAGUUGUCAGUCCGCCUAAGCAAAUAAGCCCGCCCAAGCAAGUUAGUCCACCCAAGCAGGCUAGCCCAGUCAAACAAGUCAGCCCAGUUAGGCCCCCAGCAGCCCCUCCAGCGGGCCCUCCAGCUCGUGUUUCUGGCAGCCCGGAGCCUGUUGAUCCUCGAGCCAACUUCCAACUCAAUGUCGGCAACAAUGUUUUUGACGUUGCAUCCCCAGAAAAGAGCUCACCCAACAAAGGAUCACAGCCAAACCAGGCGUCUGAAGAUGACUUGGACCCUAUCGCGCGGGCUCUGGCGGACCUCAAGACAAGCGGGAAGCAGUCAGCCACUCGGGUCUCGGCAGAUAGAUAUCAUGGCAUCUCCACGCCUACUCCGUCAGCACAAUCUUCUACUUACGGUGGCAGUAAUGUUAGCGUUGCUGCUCCGCCACCUGCAUACAAUGAUCCCGCAGCCAAGCGACUCGGCGCACCUCAGCCAGCCUUCACGGCAAAGCAAAUGCACAAGACAACUCAGAAGUACACUGGUCAAACUCAGAGCAUGCUUCGAGGACAAAACAGCAGCAUGGGGUCUAGACAUGGCGGUCAAACUCAAGAAGCCCCCCGGGCUAGAUCCCCAGCACCAGCACCAAGACGCAGCGUCAGCCCUCAGGUUGCUUCUCCCCGUGUGGAUACUCGGAUGAGCCAGAACAGUGGCAGGGGCCCGAGCCCCAGUCCGAGCAGCUACCAGUCUAACAGCAUGCGAAGUCAGUACAGCCAAUCGCCCACUCCCCGUCGUACUCAAGAUCCACCCUACUCUCCAAACGAUUUUGCUCGGAGGGCAUCGCCCGCUAUGAGUCACCGUGCUGUAUCCCCACAGCCUCAGUUCAGGCAGCAAGCUCGUCCUUCUAGUUCCGGUGGCAUGGAGCUGCAGUUAUCUGGAAGCCACGAUAUGUACGGUUCCAGCAGUCCCGGCGGAUAUGCCAGCUCGGCUCGGGGAAGCAGUCGCCCCUCGUCGACUUACGGUGACGGUCCGCCUAUUGGCCGAUCCCGGAGCCGUACUAUGGCUGUUGCAGAACCUGGACGCAAAUUCAGCCGUGAUGGCCGUCCGAUCUUGCACUUUGCUCGUGCUAUGUACACCUACAAUGCUGCCAUCCCUGAAGAGCUCAGCUUUGGCAAGGGCGAUGUCCUUGCCGUUAUCCGCCUGCAGGAUGACGGGUGGUGGGAAGCCGAGGUCACCAAUGCCCGUGGCCACCCUGGUCUCGUUCCAAGCAACUAUCUGCAAAUCAUCUAA